CGAUACACCAAAGCAUCAAUACCCCUAAACAACUCUCUCUCUCUCUCUCUCUCUCUCUCUCUCUCUCUCUCUCUCUCAUAAUUUCUUAGUAACACUGUUAAGUGUUCUAUUAUUAACAACUACUUCAAGCUCAGAUCUCGCAAAACUUUACAUACUCAUCAUGAAGCAAGUGGUGUUGAAAUUGGAUUUUCACGAUGACAGAACCAAGAAGAAGAUUAUGAAGACAGUUUCUGGCCACUCAGGGAUUGAUUCAAUUUCCAUGGAUUCUAAAGACAUGAAAUUGACGGUAACAGGGGACAUAGAUCCAGUGAGUUUGGUAAGCAAGUUGAGGAAGCUCUGUAAUGCUGAAAUUCUUUCAGUGGGACCACCCAAAGCAGCAGAGAAGAAGAAAGAAGAAGCCAAAAAAGAAGAACCUAAAAAACAAGAACCAAAGAAAGAUGAAUUGACUGAGCUUCAAAAGAUAUGGAUUGCUCAUCAGAAUGCUCAAAUGGUUUCACGUCCACAACCACAAUAUUUUGUCAGAAGUGUUGAGGAAGAUCCUAAUGCUUGUGUUAUCUGCUAAGCUUUUUAGAUUGAUUGUUGUGAUCUUCCAAGUAGGGAUGUAAAUUUUUUCAAUGUGGGACUGGGCGAGUUGAUGGAAAGGAGAUUAAUCUGUUUUAUUUUAUUUUAUUUUUAAAUUAACUCUUUUGAAUAAUGAUAAAUAUAGUGUAAUGUUUAAUUUAAUUUUGAAUAUAUAAUAGUCUCUAAUGAUUUCCUC